GGCACCAGCAGCAGCAGCGCGUCAGAGUGAAGCCGCUUCUCCACCUCAUCACACAACAAGGCAGACAGAGCCGACCUAAAUUAUUUUAGUGCCAUAAUUAUCCAAGAACUCCCCAAGGUAUUCUACAGUCGAAAAAGGAUUUAAUGAAAUAAGGAGGGCGGAGCGAACUGCUGCCACUGUGGUGCGACAGAUGUUGGGAAAGUCUUGUUGAACGUGGAGAAAAGGAGGAAGAGGAGGGAGAGGGAGACUGUCCUGAACUUGGAUGAGCAUGUGAGCGUUAAAGCCAUGAAGGAUUUGGGAUGAUUCCUUCCCUGAAAACAUCCGCUGGACACAUCAGAAGAAAUGCUUUUGAACCAGAGAACUUCCUGACCGAGGACCUAAAUUAACCAUGGUUCCUGCAUAACUGGUUAUGAAAAUCUGUACUGAACAUCUAAAACGGCAGGGUGUAAGAUGUUUGUGGAGUCAGUUGUCCGAUGGUGGGUGUGGAGCAUCCUGCUACAGUUCGGUCUGGGUGUGUCUGCAGGAGGCUGCCCUUCACGGUGUACGUGCCGACCUGAGGCAAGAGAAGCUGUCUGCUCUGGGAAAUAUUUGACUUCUGUGCCAGAGGGUGUAUCCAACGACGCCAGACGUUUGGAUUUAUCCCGCAAUAGGAUUAAAACUGUGGGACGUCGUCAGUUCUCUGGCCUCCUGCAACUUCAGGAGUUGGACCUCAGUGAAAAUGUAAUCUCCAUGAUUGAAGUAGAGGCUUUUUUGGGCCUUAGGAAUCUUAGGACACUUCGAAUUAAAAACAACCGUCUCAAGAUCCUCCCAGUGGGAGUGUUUUCUGGCUUGUCUAAUCUGCGCUAUGUGGACUUGAGCCAGAAUGAGAUUCUUGUUUUUCUGGACUAUACUUUCAAAGAAAUGGUCAACCUGCAAACUCUGGAAACUGGGGAGAAUGACCUUGUCUUUAUCUCACAAAGAGCUUUUUUUGGUCUACAGAAUCUGCAAGAGCUCAACUUAGAUCGCAGCAACCUGACCUCCAUUCCCUCCGAAGCCUUGUCUCAACUCCAGAGCCUGGCCCAACUUCGCAUGAUACGGCUAACUAUUUCUACACUCCCCAACAAUGCUUUCCGACGACUCCACCGUUUGCGAAGUCUAGUGAUCUCAAACUGGCCAGCAUUAGACUCAAUUGCUACAAACAGUCUAAUCGGUCUUAAUUUGACCUCACUUGUCAUCAGUAGCUGCAACCUAAGCUCAAUUCCUUAUGCAGCCCUUCGUCAUCUAGUGUACCUACGCUUUCUAGACUUGUCCUAUAACCCCAUCACUAUCAUCCAAGGUAACCUGCUGGGGGAUCUUCUGAGACUCCAGGAGUUGCAUCUUGCCGGGUCAAAUCUGCUACAAAUAGAGCCAGGAGCCUUCAGGGGACUGUCCUUCUUUCGCAUGCUUAAUGUGACAUCAAAUCAGCUCACUACUUUGGAGGAGAGUGCUUUCCAUUCUGUGGGGAACCUUCAGGUGUUGCGGUUGGAUGGGAAUCCCCUUGCAUGUGAUUGCCGUCUUCUGUGGGUGGUCCGUCGCAGGCUGCGCUUGAACUUUGAUGGACAUCAGCCCACUUGCUCUUCUCCUGAUACAGUGAAACAUCGAGAAUUCAGAGAGUUCUCAGAAAAAGAACUCCCAAAGCUUUUCACCUGUCGCCCUGCUCGUGUCUUGGACCGCAGGCCGCAGGAGGUGAGAGUGGAAGAGGGUACCACCGUUCUGUUUUCCUGCAAGGUCGACGGGGAUCCAUUACCAGUUAUCACAUGGCUUUCCUCCCAGAAGACUGUGAUCUCUCCUUCAGGAAGAAUCAGAGUUUUACAGAAUGGUACUCUUGAGGUGCGAUUUGCUCAGGUUCAGGACAGUGGUACAUACCAGUGCCUGGCAGGCAAUGCAGCUGGCAAUGACAGCCUGACUGUGGGUCUAUAUGUGAAGGGGCUUCCACGUAACAGAUCCAUCCCUUUGUUCACAGAAGAAGGUUGGGUUGAGCCUUCAACUGCCCAAGCUGCCAACUCCUCAUCUCAAUUGGCCAAGCCAUAUCCCUUUGACGCAAAGACCCUGAUAAUUGCAACUACCAUGGGAUUUCUGUCAUUCCUCAGUUCUGUGGCCAUCUGUUUCGUCUUCAUGUUUUUCUGGAGUCAGAGCAAAGGUCAGAUCAAGCACACAGCAACUAUUGACUUUGUUCCUCGCUCUUCUGUUGGUGGAGGAGGAGGGGAUGGAGGUGACGGGGGCAGGUUUACUAUGAAACUUAUUUAAAGAGAUAUAAGGUGAUGAGACCAGUCUCUGAAUGAAGUAUUUCCACUAUCUGGCUCAAAGACAUCAACCAGAGUUGAAAUGGUUCUUGAGAAAGCAGUUAGGUUUUAUGUUCUAUCAUGCUAGUUCCUCUGUGAGUUUUAGAGCUGGAAAUUAUGUCAGUGGCUUCUUUUCUGUCAUUUCAGAAAAUAAAAUGCAUUUGAUCUGCAUUUGUUUUAUCAAAUCAUACUUUUAAUCAGCAUGUGCUUACCACAUAUUUCUUUUUUUUAAUAAAUAAAAAAAGUCAUAAGCUUAACUCCUCUUUUAUUAAGUAAAUUUGAAACAUCUACUGCUUUAAGAAUAUAAACCAGACCUGAUGCUGUUUAAUCAUUCAUGUUUUAUUAAUGUACUCAAUCUUUUCUUCACAUGCCAGAACUAACUUAUCAAUGUUAUACUGGCUUUAAUUCUCAAACAAAAAAAAAAUCAUAUAUGUAAAGCUUUUAUAUACAACUAUGGUGUAUAGAUAAGCAAAAAUAAUUUCUUCCUUUAAACCAAACUUUUUGUGACUUUAUGGAUUUAUUUUACUUAUAAGGUUGCAGAAAAAAAACAAGUAUCCAGCUAUAUAUAUUUCUUUAUAGCACAACUGUUAAAUCAUGAUGUAGGCGUGUCAAACCACUGAUAGCAAGCCAUAAUGUACAUAGGGAAUGUAUUCUUCCUGUUUCAGAUUUUAGACUCUUUUUUUAAAAUCUGCCUUUCCUUUUGUUUCAUAAAUUCACAUUAUUACAAUAUUAGGGGACUGUUUAUUCUAUCACAGCAUGCUAACAUUUCUUUUUUAUAUUCAUGAAAUGUUUUUAUAUAUAUGUAUAUAUAUAAUGUAACUACACAAAACAGAGA